UGCCAUCAUCAUCAUCAUCAUCAUCACCACCAUCCUCCCCCCACGAGGAAGGGCAAUCCGAGGGGCUGCAUUGCAGACAGACCCGGCAGACAAAAGCGACGCUGCUCCCUCCGCCCGCGGCUCCCCGGCACAAAGAGCCCGGCCCGGCUCCGAGCCCAGCGCUCCCGGCACCGCCCGCCCUCCGCAGCCUGAAAAUGCUGGACACCAUCAGCAGCCAGUACGACUCCUUCAUCUACUGGAGGAUGCCGAUCCCACGGCUGGACAUGGCCGAGCUGGAGGGGCUGGGGCUGGCAGACAUGGCCCUCUACAAGCCCAAGGGAGGCCUGGGCAAGCUUGGUGACCACCGAGGCAGCCAGGAGCUCUCCCAGGAAGAGGACAGUCUGCUGCAGUUCAACAGCUUCAAUUUCUGGCGAGCUCCCAUUGCCAGCAUCAGCUCCUUAGAUUUCGAUUUAAUUUGAAGCCCUCCCUGUUAGUCCUCACCCCCCCCCCGCCCCUGCUCUCUCUCUUUCUGCCAGGAUUUGGUUUUGGUGUCACUUUGGAGGUUGUUAGGUUCGAUUUUUCUUUUUGUUUUGUUUUGUUUCUGGGUGGUUUUGCCAUUCUUCAUGCGCUCAGCAGCUCACCGUGGCCUUGAUGGUGAUGGGCUCCCCAAAAAUCUCCAACUCCCCUCUCUCCCUUUUCCUCCUGGAAUCACAGCAGCACUAGGGGCAAACACGAGGGGAAGGGGCAGAAAGAGCCCCCCUCAAUUCCCGGAGGGUUUGGGAGGUGCCACCCCCGUGUGACAAUUUCUCAGCUCAUUUCUCAAGUGCUUUUUUAAGAAACUCGUUUGUGCAAACGAGGAGCAAUGGGAAUCGCCCUCGUUCUGCAGAAAGCUUUGACCCUCUGCGCUCCCCUGGCCCAAUUUCUCAAAAUUCCUCUUCGUCCCUUCACCUUCCUCUCGGGAAUGCAAGGUGGAAGAGGCAGGGAUGUGCCCAAGAUAUCAGCACAAACCUUCUUCUUGAGAAAAAGAACCACUUUGAGCCUUGUGGUGUAAGCCCAAGCAGAAAAAAAUAUGUCCAGGAGGGUAAAUAGAUAUGGAAAUGCUCUGACUUUGCUUAGUGGGGUCAAGGCUGGGUGAUUAUUGCCCCCAAAUUUGAUUUUUUCAUCCUUUUUUUGUGCCCCACGUGGUUUAUUCCCAGUGCUGGGACAGACACCGGGUACAUUGUGGGGUGUGGAAGGGUGAUGAAAGGUGGAUCUUACCCCAAAUGAAAAUAUUUCAGGUUUUCCACCCACUUAAUCCCUUUAAAACCAACAACAAACAAUGCUGCAUUCAUUCAAGUGGAAACCUUGAGUUUUCUCUGGGGAGAUUUUCACCUGCUGAGCUUUAUUUCUGAGCAUCAUCUCAAAACAGGAGGAAAAAACCCAACCUGGAAUGAUUUUUGGCUUUUAAACAGUUGGGGUUUGUCUUUUUUUUUUUUUUUUUCCCACCAAUAUUGUUUUCUGGGAUUGAUUUGUCUCCUUGAAUGUGCUUUAUUUGGGUUUGAUUGGGAUGAAGUGAUGUGGAGCAUCCCAAAAUCAUCCUGAGAGUUGGGGGGUAUGUGGCUGGGGGCAGGCUGAGGCAGCACUUUAAAAAGUGCCAGAAAUAGGCAAAAAAAAAAAGGAAAAAAAAAAAUCUGCAUUCUACUAUGAAAAUUGGAUGCAGCUCUCCUGUAAUCUGCAGAAAUAAUCAAGUGUGCUGAUUUUGAACCAUCUGUGUAAAACCAGAGAUGAAAAAUGUAAACUCUCCUCUGCAGAGCUGUUUGACUUCUGUGUUCCCAGCUAGGAAAACCUGCAGGAGAAGUAUUUAUUAUGAAAGUUUAAAUAAAAUCAGUUCAAAACAUA